UAUCGGAAGGCGGGGGCCGCAGUCGCUCCGACCCCUUCCCGUGCAGCCCGCCAAGGUUUCGGCCAGCCGGCCAGCCAGCCAGCGAAGAGGCUACAUGGAUCCGGCCCUCUCGAGUCCCGCGGAGGAAGCACCUGCCCGAGGAGGGAGCGGCUGAUCUCGGGCUCCUCCUGGGCGGCAGCGGAGAAGCUGCCUUUUGCCAAGGGCUUGCUUGGAGAAGUGGCCCCCCGCUUCUCUCUCUCUCUCUCUUUUUAAGGGAGGGGGGCGUCUAAUUUGGAGAGGAGCGACCCUCUUCCCCAUUGAGAAAAGGCCCCGGGAAGACCGCGCGGGGUGGGGCGGGGGCUUCAUCGCGGCCGCGGAGGAGCCGCGACCUUCCGGCCGUGCAAGAGAGGGCCGCAAAGGCGGCACCUUGUCACUCCGGGCGCACCUUGAAGCCGAAAGGACGCGGGAGCGCGGGUGGCCGAGGCCGGGCCGGCGCGACCGGGAAGAGCCGCCGCCUCCUUGCCCAUGGCUGGCUGAAGAAGGGGGACCCGGUUGCCGCGCUGCCGCUCGCCUUUCCUCGGGCCCAUCCCAACUUUUAUGGCUCCCCCAGCAGCCGGCCGCCUCCUCUGCUUCUUGGUGCCAUCUCGCUCCCCGGCUUGGGUCCCUCGCAGACCCGGGGCGACGGGGGCAGCAAAAGCAGCAGCAGCAGCAGCAGCCGUCGUCGAGGCAAGGAGUGGCGGAGCGCCUCGUGCGGCCGACGUCCGUGACGAUCCCGGGCAGGAUCGGGUGUCCGAAGCAAGGGCAGGUGGAUCCGGCCGGGACAUUCCGAGCAGCCGCGGCUGGGUUUCCUUCAGCGAGCUAUAAAUACCCUCGCGGGGAAAAUUCUUUGACCAGGAUCGUCUGACUGUUGACCGCAAGAGAUUGCUUGGAAAGGGCGGGACGAGCCCACCGAAGCGGGGCCCACCUCCCCCCGGCCGAGAAGGGAGCGCACCCUGGAGCCGGAUCCCUCAGCAUGGCCGCCCUGCGACCUGUCUCGCUGCUGCUCUGCCUGGCCUUGGUGACCUUGUGUCAAGCUGGCUGCGUGGAGGUGGAUUCAGAAACGGAGGCUGUAGUUGGCCAGUCUUUCAAGAUCCGUUGCAUUUCGUGCAAGAAGCGCAGUGAAACAGAUGCGGAAGCAUUUACUGAAUGGUUCUUCAAAGAAGAGGGCACCAACGAGAUGGUCAAGAUUCUUCGCUAUGAUGUCUAUGAUAAGCUCGUUAUAUAUGAUCCUCGCUUUGAAGAUCUAGUGGAGUGGAAUGGUACCAAGAUCAUUGCAGAUUUGCAGGAUGUCUCCAUUUUCAUCCUGAACGUGACUUUUGAACACAAAGGGGAGUACAUGUGCAGUGUCAAUCGCACACUCCAUUAUGCCAAUGAUUUCUCCUACAACAUCAUGGUCAACAAAACCAUCCACCUUGAUGUGGUCGAAAAAGCCAAUCGGGAUAUGGCAUCUAUUGUCUCCGAAAUCAUGAUGUACGUCCUCAUUGUUGUCCUGACCAUCUGGCUGGUAGCGGAGAUGAUCUAUUGCUACAAGAAGAUCGCUGCAGCGACAGAGGCAGCUGCUCAAGAAAAUGCCUCGGAAUACUUGGCCAUCACAUCGGAAAGUAAAGAAAACUGCACAGGGGUGCAGGUAGCUGAAUAGCCCAGGCCAGGCCGUUGAUGGGCACUGGGAUUCCUGGUUUUUAUAAGGGACGAGGCUUUGACGACGAGUGGAGAAGAGGCAAAAUGACUCAGCAGAGCGAUCAGCAGCCCAAAGAAAAAGUGAGCUGGAGCCAAGCAGCCCCUCCCCCUCAACUGCACGGCCCCUUUCCUUAAUGAAAGCAUGCUAUUUUUAAUACCAGAACUCUCUAUCCAAGCCAGCCACUCAAGAUUGACAGUCAUGCCUAUCUUUGGGGGGGUGGGGGGGAAGGUGGGCUUCUCCUAGCAAAGGAGUUUCGCUCUUUUAGUCCCAGGUUAUCACCUUUCUGGAGUGGGCAUUGCCCCCCCGCCCCCGCCAGUAGCAUGAGGAGAACACAGCAUGGCGGCUUGUUCACGUAAUGCAAAAAAGCUUGAGGUCCUUCCCCACAGUGGCCUCUUCUGUCCCCCCCUUCCCCUCCGGGGCCGGCCAGAGGCCUCUUUCCUUUAGGAGCACUUGCGCUUUCUGAUGUUUUUGCACAUUUCUCGCGCUUCGAAUUCUUUCGGUUACUUCGCAACCAGCACUUUCGAUGGGUCUGAGGAGAGGAUCCCACCUAUCUCUCCUGCGUGUCAAGAUGGAUCUGGACUUCUCAGUGGCCACAGCCAGCCAUGGGUUGAGUGGAGACUGGGUAGAAGACAAUUGCCUAAUGGUUCCUAAGCCGUGGAGGGAAUGCUCGGAUGCAAACACUGUCCUAAACUCUUGUUACGGAGUGAACUCUCUAGGGUGGGUACGGAUGUGUGAAUUGCGCCACCCCGAAGGCCCGUUCCUAGCCAAGGCACCCUUCACCUAAUUUUCUACCAAGGUUUCCUUCUAAGCUGGCUGUCUGGAAGAUGGGGAAGGUCUUUGCAAAGGAGAGACACCUUGGAAUAAAAAUCAGAUGGAGGAGGAGACUUUUGCUUCUCUCCCUCUGUCCUAGAGAGGUGGGUUGUCACGGUGCCCUGCGUUGGGCCUUGGUGGCUGAGCUUGGCCUUGGAAUUGGUGCAGACCAACCGUCACAGCAAUGCCAUCACCUCCGUUGCCCUCCUCCACAUUUCCCCUUCCUGGAUCCAUUAUAUUACCUUGCCAGGCCAUUUUGGCUGUUUGGAGAAUAUUCUGACCUCCCCUCUGCUCAGACCCCCCCCCUCCCUCUGGAGCUGGUCCUAGGAACCAGCUGCCAUCACAAUAGAAUAGGGUUUGUUCAUAAA